AUGUAUUCUGAAGUUAAGAACACAGGUAGUGCAAACGAAAGCUCAUUUCAUACUACUCUUCUUUUCAGUGUCAAUGAUCGAGUAGGCAUCUUGGACGAAUGCUUGACAGCUAUUAAGGCAUUGAAUAUUUCAUUAACAAGGAUUGAAAGUCGUCCAAGUAGAACCCCCGGCUGGGACUAUGAUUUCUUUGUUGAUUUUAGUGCUGAUGAGGAACAACUUUCUAACGCAAUCAAAUCUUUGGAAAAGAUUACAAAGCAAGUUAAAGUCAUUAGUACCGGGGCUACUCAAGUAACAUUGGCAAUGCCGUGGUUUCCACGUAGAAAGACCGAUCUUGACACAUUUGCUGAUAAAGUCUUGGAAAUGGGUGAAGAACUUGAUGCCGAUCAUCCAGGCGCGUUAGAUCCGGAUUACAGAGCGCGUCGUGCUGAGAUCACUCGAAUCGCUAAAACUCAUCGUCAUGGCCAACCAAUUCCAAAAGUUGAAUACACUGAACAAGAAAUUAAAACCUGGGGUGCAGUUUUUCGCAGCUUAAAAAAAUUAUAUAGUUCACACGCGUGUAGAGAGCAUCAGUUAGUAUUCCCAUUAUUGGAAAAAAAUUGUGGUUAUGGCGAAGAUAACAUCCCACAAUUGGAAGAAGUUUCAAAUUUCUUAAAAGAUUAUACUGGAUUCACUCUUCGUCCUGUUAUGGGAUUACUCACGUCACGCGAUUUCCUUAAUGGCCUUGCAUUUCGCGUGUUUCAUUCGACCCAAUACAUUCGUCAUCAUUCUAAACCUCAUUAUACACCAGAACCAGAUGUGUGUCAUGAGCUUCUUGGUCACGUUCCCUUAUUUUGCGAUCCAGAUUUUGCUGAUUUUUCUCAGGAAAUCGGAUUGGCUUCAUUAGGUGCUAGUGAUAGCGAUAUCGAAAAACUUUCAACGGGUAAUGAUAUUCGAGCAUAUGGUGCUGGACUAUUGUCUUCGUUUGGCGAAUUAGAGUAUGCAUUAACUGAUAAACCUGAAAAAAGGCCAUUCGAGCCGUAUAAAACGUCCGAACAGAAAUAUAUUGUAACUGAAUAUCAGCCGAUCUAUUUUGUAGCCGAAUCUUUUAAGGAUGCACAACAAAAAGUUCGUGAUUUUUCAAAUUCAUUAGAACGGCCAUUUUCUGUUAGAUAUAAUCCCUACACAGAAUCAAUUGAAGUGCUGGAUACUCAGGAGAAAAUUUUAAGAUAUGCACAAAGCAUUAAAAGUGAUAUGGUAACAAUGGUUAAUGCUUUAGAAAGGUUAUGA